UUUGACUUGAAGUUGUCUGAACUCAUUGCAUUUUACACGCGCACAGAUAGAAUACUGAUAAAGCAGGAGGGCGGACUUAUCACACGAACCUAAAAAGACACUUGAUCGAAAGUGUCACCUGUCAUCUGUCACCCUCAGAGAUAAUGAUUCGAUUCAUCCUAAUCCAGAACAGAGCGGGCAAAACUCGUCUUGCCAAAUGGUACAUGAAUUUUGAUGAUGAUGAAAAACAAAAGCUCAUCGAGGAAGUUCACGCCGUCGUCACUGUUAGAGAUGCUAAACACACCAACUUCGUUGAGUUCCGAAACUUCAAGAUAGUCUACAGACGAUACGCUGGCUUGUACUUCUGUAUUUGCGUGGAUGUGAACGACAACAAUCUUUGCUACUUGGAAGCGAUUCAUAAUUUUGUGGAAGUCUUGAACGAGUAUUUCCACAACGUUUGCGAACUAGACUUGGUGUUCAACUUCUAUAAGGUGUACACUGUAGUGGACGAAAUGUUUCUUGCUGGUGAAAUCCGAGAAACUAGCCAAACCAAAGUUCUUAAACAGCUUCUCAUGUUGAACUCCCUCGAAUAAGAAAACAAAAUACCAUUCCCUUAGAAAUGUUCUGUAUUUAAAAAUCUCUCUACAAUAUAAUCUCAUGCUCCAUUUCUUCUUA